AUGCGUUUCUCUCUCGCCGCACUCCUCGCCAUGACAACAGUCGCCCUGGCCACUACUACUCCCCAAGCCAGCACGACGACGGGCGGCGUCAAAGCCGCUGCCACGAAGAGCAACUCAGCAUCCGCCAAGGCGACUUCGACUACCACUCACAGCAAGAAUGCUGGUCCCAGGGAGACUGCGGCUGUCGCCCUCGGCGUCAUGCUUGGCGGAAUGGGCCUGGUUGUCAAUAUGUAA